AUGGCUCGUGAUGUGAAGAAGCGUGGAAAGCCGUCGUACACAAACCGCAGAAAUAAGCAAAAGUACUUGAAAAAGAAAGAAGGAAAGAAAAAGUUGUCGAAAAGUGCUGUGUGAGUUAAAUUGCUGUUGUUUUGUUUUUCAUACAGGCUAUUUUGCAGGCCAGUAAUCAGAUACACAUGGGACGAAUUCAAAACUCCGCGCGAGAACGUACGGGACAUGGGAAUCGCGUUCAAUCCAAACGAGGCUGUUCCGAUCAAAGAACAAAGGGUAAGCGAGAGAUUUUCAGAGCAAAAAACAAAAUAAACAUUUCUUGCUUCAUUAUCCCAGUUGUUGAUAUUUUUAAUCCGAUGGAAUUUUCAGAAAGAGAUUAUCGACGCAGUUCCGAUCGAUGGAGUCAGUAUAGAUGUUCCGAAGCCGGCAAAGCGAAUGACUGGAAAGAAGACGAACGAAAAACAGGUCUUCGAUUACUUUUUCAGUUCUCUGAUUUCAAAUUAUUGCUUUCAGGCUAAGCAUAUUGUGUCAAAACUUGAAGAACAAGUGGCAGAAGAAGAGAAAAGGAUCUCGGGUCAGGACAGGAAGUUCCAACUAUUCCAUCGCGAGACGGAACUGUGCGUCUACAUGCUUGCCCGUCACGGAGAAGAUUUUCAAGCAAUGACACGUGAUCCAAAGAACCUGUGGCAGUACACUCCGAAGCAGUGGGCCAAGAAGAUCCGCACGUACAAGGAGUCCGAGAUGUGCAAAUUCCUCGAGACUGCAUAA